GUGGGUGUGCGUCGUCCGUGCAGUUCGUGUUGUGAAUUGUGAUUAAUUAAUUAGUUCGGUACCGAACAAUUAAUUAGCUAUGUCAUUGUCGUUGUUAUGCUCCAAUACACCAGAGGGUAGACGUCGUAAAGAUAUCAGAUAUCUUGUGUAUGACUUGGGUAAAUUUGACGAACCAACUCAAAAACUGCUCAGGAUUGCGGCCGAUUGUCUUUCAAAUUCAAGCUCAACUUCAACAACAAGUGAUAAUGAAGAUGAUGGCGGAUGUGAAGACACUGGAUCCCGUGGGAAGCUAUUUCAACAUAAAUCACCAGUGCCUAAGAUGGGACGCCAGACCUAUAAAAUGUGGAAGGCAUCAUUGGAGUUAAGCAUGGGACUUUUCAGCAGAGCAAACCUUCUUGAUAAGCCAAAAACCCUCCACUUUUGGCCUCUUGAAAACUUCCCUGACGCUGUCACGACAAAUUUUAGAGUUCCUGGUUUCGACUUGAUCGAAUUCUUGGUACAUUUUCUGCAAACUUAUUUCCCGGGUUUAGACGUCAGAUUGGAAAAUCUGCAUGAUAUAAAUACAGACGACAGCAAUCUCGUCAGCCGGUACCACAAGAAAACAAAGAAAAAGCAAUUUCUUGUGUCGGACUUGUAUUCGCAGCUACACUCUUUAACUGGUACACUGAAAAGAGACUUCAUACUUGGUUGGACGUGGACGGAUCUGUAUCCGACCGAAGAACUUAACUUUGUUUUAGGAGAGGCGUCGUUUGUGCAUCGUUGCGCCGUACUCAGUUUCGGUCGGUACGAACCUUUAAGCUACAAGGUUAACGAAGAUUUGGAAACGGUCCAUGGCAUCGAUGGUGAUGUCGAAGAAGACGAGGCUUCAUCUGUUAGAGUGGACGGAGAUCUUUUAUGGAAAUUACUGCGGGUAGCAACUCAUGAAACUUCUCAUCUCUUUGGUCUCAAUCAUUGCGUGUUCUUCGAGUGUUCCAUGAACGAGAGCAAGUCGAUCUCCCAGGCACUGAGCCAGCCCUUUUUCCUCUGCCCAAUCUGUCUCCGUAAGCUUCAACGCUUCUUGAAGUUUGACGUCAAGGAACGGUACAAGGGGCUCUUUAAGGUGUGUCGGACGCUUCAAGAAUUUUAUCCAUCUCCCGGAAUGGAGAGAACUUGUCAGUGGCUAGAGAGGUGCAUGACAUUUUUAAACACAGAAAACGGAUCAUGAAAAAUUUUGUCAAUGCCAUGGCGUGUCACUGUCAUUUUGUCAUUUCAACUCUCGUUGUAAGACAGUUGCUGGGGCUGCCCAAAUUAACAUGGUAUUACUGGUACAAGAAUUUUGAGAGCUGGUCAGUGGCUCGAGAGGUGCAUGACAUUGUUAAAUACAGAAACGGAUCAUUGAUUAAAUUUUGUCCUGAAAUGUCACUGCCAUUCAUUUGUCAUAUCAACUCUCGUUUUAACAUGGUCGCUAGGACUGCCAAAAAUAACUCUUUGUACAGAUUGAAACACGGUUUUUGUAGAGAACUUGUCAGUGGUUGUGACUAUGAGAGGUGAAUGACAUUUUGAAAUACAGAAACAAUUCAUGGUUUAUUUUGUCGUUGCCAUGACAUGUCACUGUCAUUUUGUCGUAUUCAUGCACAGUCAACUCUCGUUAAAACCAAUCGCUGUGGCUACCCAAAUGACCUCUUUAAAAGAAUUUCAGAGAA